CAACGCGGAAGUUUCAUAACAGGGGAGCUGUGUGUUGACAUAAGUUGCGUUUGAAUCUAAUCCUCAAAGCAGAAGCCUGUAAUUUCAACCUACUCGUCAACAUGGUGAACCUCGGUGUGACGAAGGUGGACGACGCGAUAGCAGCAAAACAUCCCGGGCUGCAGAGCUACGCUGCGUGUCAGUCUCACGCCUUUAUGAAGGGGACAGGAACCUUUGUACUGGGUGUCACAGGGUUUUUUGCCAUCCAGAAGGCUCUGCAGAUGAGACUCCCCUACCCACUACAGUGGAAUCUGCUCAUAUCAAUAAUGGCGUCAUCGUUUUGUAGUUAUGCAGUAACUCGCUGGGAAACACAGAAAUGCUCAGACCUUUGGCUGCUGCUAGAGACGGGUAAAGUCCCAGACAGAUCACCGCCACCACCAACAGUAUCUCAUCCAGAGGAUUCAAAAGCUGCUCAGAAGACAAAAUAUGGAGACGACAUGGAAUAAACACACGUCAUAGGUGAAAAGAGCCUUUCACCUCUGACACCUCUUUGUCAGGAAAAAUAUGUAUAAAGACUGAGGAAAAAACAUACAUUUUGUAUUUAUUUUAAGUGUUUUUCAUCUUACAUACUCAUGUGCCUCAAGAAAGUAAUUGUAUUGUUUGGUUUCAGACUUCAUGGAGUCUUUGAAUUUCAUAACGGCAUUAAAGUAGAUUGAACAGAACUGAAUUCGCUAAAUUGCAGGUCAGGGAUUAAUUUGGAUCUUUAGCAGAAAUCUGAUGUUAAGCUUCUUGAUCUCGUAUUAUUCUGUGGACAUGUUGGUUUGUCAUGCAACAGAAUUAAACCUUCCACCAGCCACUGGUUGUUUCUCUGCAUGUAUUAUGGGAUGUAUCAAGCUGUUUGUUGGUACCCUUGUUUGCUCUGGGGAUUUAAACCAGCCAAUGAUCGGAUUUUGCUUCUAAGGACAUGAAUGUUAGUAAAAGCUGAAAUCCAACAAUCGAAAGCGGCUUGCUGCUGUCUCUUGUGUCCACUAGAAAUCUAUUGACCUGCCAUCAAUCCACAAAAGCUUAAAUAAACUCAUCAUGUCUCAAAGAAA